GUAUUAGUGACGUCAUUUCCACACUUCGGCAGCCCUGGUCACCUGGUGACGAGCGAGUCUGACUGUGACCGUGUGACGUCACUGACGACCAGUCACCAGCAACAGCAAGUAGCAAUCGCAAGUCGCUGCUCUUUCUUCUGCACCGUACCAGUAAUACUAAGCGUUUGACUCGCGAAACCUUUUACUAGUCAUGGGGACAGAGCAUCCAACAACCGCUGUUAUUAAUCCCUGUCUGGGUGGUAUGUUGGAAGCAGUUCAUGAAGCAGAAGAGUUUCUGUUCAUUAAAAUGGAAGAAAAAACAAAAGUCACAGUAAGAUUUUGAGGUGGCCUAGAGGGAGCUUUGCCAAGGCUAAGUGAAGUCACCGUGUCUACUAUAAACACUGGAUUUGCUUGCACCCUUAAGAAUGUGCUAGUCCCAAGGUCAGAUAGGAAUAGAUCGACUGGCACUCAGCAAAUGCACAGAAAAGCAAAAGUUAAUGAAUGACUCUGUGAAAUCCCUGAGAUUGGCCACAGCUUCAGAAGAAGUGACUUUAAUGCAAGAAAAAAUCAAGCUCACCAUCAAAAAGUCCCAUGCUUCAAAGCACAGAGAAGAAUUUGAGAAGUCAAGAAACAAGGCAUACUUAAAACAUGAGAAUCAUGAACAAUCAUGUGAUGAUAUAGUGGCAAGUGCUUUGCAUUUCUACAGUAGGAUUAAGCUGAGUAACCCAGCCAUUACUUUAGCAGAGGAGUCAAAAAAACAAAAACUUCUUCAGAUGAGGCUUGAGAAAAAAAGUCUUCUUUGUGAAAUUAAAGUAUUGGAGAACAAUGAUAUUAAAUCGCAGGUUAUUGAGAAGAAGAAAAUUCUGAUGGAGAUUUUAGAUCUGAAGACCAAGAUAACCCUUUAUGAUGAAAGCCAUGACAAUGAACAAAAGGGGAUAGACAGCUCAGCAGAAGAAAUUGAUCAGAUGGUUAUGAGGAAGAAGAAUGAACUCAAGAAGAUUGAAGACGACUUGGUCCUUCUUCAAGGACAGUAUGUAGUCUUCAAGCAAGAAUUGGAGAAAGCAGAACAGAGCUUAAGAGUUGGGAACCAGCUGAAAUUGAGUCUAUCCCAGAAUUGGACACUUGAACAGUCUCAUUCUGAGCUAGAUGGCAGGGAAUACUCCAAGCAUCAUGCUAAAACCCCCUCUGGCAGAAAUACCUUCACAGAGAAGCAAGAUAAAGAGGAAACACCUUAUCCUUCAAGUGGAGAAACUCGACUUGAAAUCACUCCCUCAACACCUCAGACUUUUACUAGAAACCCAGCCCCUCCAACUCCAGGGAAAAUUACGGCAUCAGGGAUUCCUUUACAUUUGCUGGGUGCCUUUACAUGUAUUCUCACAGACAAUUCUUCAGAUGGGAGUGGUUGUGGCAUCCCCAGAAUAGAAGAAACACAGGAAGAUAAAACACAUGGAUGUUCAUCAGACAAGUCUUUCUUCAUUUCAGGUUCUGAACAGUAUUUCAUCCCAGCCAAAGAUUUUAACUUUGGGUCAAAUAAUGAAAAUGAAAAUUCAACCAAUAAAGGGUGUAAUCACAAUCACACAACAAAAGAGUAUGUUACAGCAGGAACACUGCAAAGUAGUAUUCGUCCUUGUUACCAGAAACCUUUAGAGAAGGGUGUUCAUCUCAGACGUACUAUUGUUGUGUGUGAAGAAGAGAGUUAGGGACUACCAAGUAAAGUUGCGGAGGUUAAUAAUAACAAAAAAAAAAAAAAAGACUUUUCCAAAUAUAUUAGUUUUUUUCCAAUGUAUUUUGAACAACUACUAAGCAGUUCACUAGCUUUAAUACUAAUUUACCAUUGGUUCCUCUUUUUAAAACUUGGUAAGAGUUUUUGCUAUGUUAGUUAUUUAAUUUAGUUAUAUGAAUGAUUAAGAAUAUUCAUAGACCACGUAAUAAAAUAGUGUUUACUUCAAAAGGCAUUACAGUACACUUGAACUUAAAGGAAAAAUGGUAUUAGGUAGAUGGUUUAUAUGUAUCCAAGUUUAUAGUAGGCAAGAAUAUAUUAUAAUUUCAGUUAAAAGAAAAAAAAUAGAUGAAUUUGAAGCAGAAGUAUAUGUAGAACAGGUGUGACUGCAGAAUAAGAAAUUAUUACCGUCAUUUAUUUAGGGCAUACAAAGAAGGCAUGGUAUGAAAGGGGUGAAACUGGCUAAACUUUCAUGAUUUACACAUGGACCAGGGCUUAGAAUCUGUUUAUGGAACAAAGCUCUGAGCUUGCACGUCAGCAUCCCAUUUAGUCAUAACUUUUCACAGCUUUUAAUCAGCAGAUAGAGCAAUAAGAAGAAAACACUGUGAUGGACUGCUGUAGUUCUCAGCUCUGCUGACCAAAUUCUCUUUCACCAAAGGUUCAUAACAGAGUAGGAUCAUCUUAAAGGUUUUUUUUUGUGCAUCCAAGGAGUUGUUUUGAAUAACUUCCUAGAAGUUCCCAGGCUUUGGUACCCAGGACUCUGAUAUUAUCAUUCCCAUUAUGGAUUCAAAAUGUAAAUGCCCAUGUAAUCAGAACGCAAUAUAGUUUUAUUAUAGCUGUUUGGACUAUGUUGAACAAUAAUUGAUCAUGUACAUGGAUUGAAAAAGUGUACUGGCAACCUUUGCCAUACAGUUAGCUUAGGCUCUGCAAACAACAGAUUGUUAGGCGAUUGAUCAGAUUCAUAACAAUAGGGAUAACCUACAUUCUUAUCCUCACAAAAUAAAGAAAUAAUUAUCUAUAAAACAGCAAGGUUAUUGAAAGAAAAGACAUUAAGUAAUUGAAUAGGAAAAGUAAAGGAAACUGAAGCCAUAAUAACAUUCACUAAGGCACCCACCAACUCA